CCCGCCUUCUUCACACGUCAUUUUGUGCGUUUACCUCUGUCAGCGGAAGCUUGAUGCAGAGUUUUACCAGAAGUAGGAUAAAAAACAAAAACAACUCACAGUGAUGUCUACACGGGUUAUGCAAACGGCUCGAUGCCCGUCAGACGAAUUGUCGCUCACCAACUGUGCUAUCAUCAGUGACAAGGAUCAGCACUUUGAAAAACAUGUGAUUGUGCGCAUUUCAGCCCACAAGUAUGUUUUCACCUUGAAGCCGCAUUCCAGUGUGAACAUCAACACCAUCGCCUUCAGUCAGGCUCAGAGAAAAUGGGCAGGCAUAAUAAUUGGACAAGAGGUUGAAGUGUCAAACUACACGUUUGACAAGUCCAAACAGUGUGUAAGCAGCAUGACCGUGGAAAUUGACUUCCUGCAGAAGAAGCAUGCAGACACCAAGGCCUACGACACAGACAAGAUGGCUGCUGAGGUCCUCCAGAACUUCAACAACCAGGCCUUCAGUGUUGGCCAGCAGUUCGUGUUGAGUUUCUGCGAAAAGCUGUUCAUCUUGGGAGUUAAAGAUAUGGAGGCCAUGGACCCCAGCAUCCUGAGGGGAGGACAUGGUUCUGGAAAGAAACAGAAGAUUGACAUUGGUUUGUUGGUGGCAAACAGUCAGGUGAUUUUUGAGAAAGCAGAGAACUCAUCCGUAAUCCUGGCCGGGAAAUCUAAGACCCGAGAGUCGCGCCAGUCUAUUAUUAGCCCAGACUGGAACUUUGAGAAGAUGGGCAUUGGCGGCCUUGACAAGGAGUUUUCGGGCAUCUUCCGGAGAGCCUUCGCCUCCCGAGUGUUCCCUCCAGACAUAGUUGAACAGAUGGGCUGUAAACAUGUGAAGGGAAUCCUGCUGUACGGCCCCCCAGGCUGUGGUAAAACCCUGAUGGCACGACAGAUUGGCAAGAUGCUGAAGGCCCGGGAGCCAAAGAUCGUCAAUGGCCCUGAGAUUCUCAACAAGUAUGUGGGAGAGUCUGAGGCAAACAUCAGGAAGCUGUUUGCAGAUGCAGAGGAUGAACAGAAGAGGCUCGGUGCCAACAGCGGCCUUCACAUCAUCAUAUUUGAUGAAAUUGACGCCAUCUGCAAGCAGCGUGGCAGCAUGGCAGGCAGCACAGGAGUCCAUGACACCGUGGUUAACCAGCUGCUAUCCAAGAUCGAUGGAGUGGAGCAGCUCAACAACAUCCUGGUCAUAGGUAUGACCAACAGGCCCGACCUGAUAGAUGAGGCCUUGUUGAGGCCAGGGAGACUGGAGGUGAAGAUGGAGAUUGGCUUACCGGAUGAAACUGGGCGGAUUCAGAUCCUCCACAUCCACACAGCGAGGAUGCGGGAAAACAAACUGCUGGCCAGCGACGUCGACGUUAAAGAGCUGGCUGUGGAAACCAAGAACUACAGCGGUGCUGAACUGGAGGGUCUGGUCAGAGCUGCUCAGUCCACUGCCAUGAACAGACACAUCAAGGCCAGCAACACAGUGGAGGUAAACAUGGAGACGGCGGAAAAACUCCAGGUCAACAGGAUAGACUUCAUGGCCUCGCUGAAUAACGACAUCAAACCCGCAUUUGGAACCAACCAGGAGGACUACGCCAGCUACAUCAUGAACGGCAUAAUCCGGUGGGGUGACCCAGUGUCAGCAGCCCUGGAGGACGGGGAGCUGCUGGUGCAGCAGACAAAGAACAGUGACCGCACGCCACUAGUCUCUGUGCUGCUGGAAGGCCCGCCUAACAGCGGGAAAACGGCACUGGCGGCUAAGAUUUCUGAGGAUUCCCAGUUUCCCUUCAUCAAGAUCUGCUCUCCGGACAAGAUGAUCGGACACUCUGAGAUCGCCAAAUGCCAAGCCAUCAAAAAGAUAUUUGAAGAUGCUUACAAAUCCCAGCUGAGCUGUGUGGUUGUGGACGACAUCGAGCGCUUGUUGGAUUACGUUCCUAUUGGCCCUCGUUUCUCCAACAUGGUGCUACAGGCUCUGCUGGUGCUGCUGAAGAAACCACCUCCAAAGGGUCGUAAGCUGCUCAUCAUUGGCACCACAAGUCGUAAAGACGUCCUUCAGGAAAUGGAGAUGUUGGAUGCUUUCAGCACCACCAUCCACAUUCCCAACAUCUCAAAAGUAGAGCAGCUGAUGGAGGCCUUUGAGCUGCUGGGCAGUUUCAAUGAGAACGAACGGGCCAUGAUAGCUAAAGCUGUACAGGACAAACGCUUGGGGAUCGGCAUUAAAAAGUUGCUGAUGCUGAUUGAAAUGGCGGCACAGAUGGAUCCUGACUACAGAGUUAGGAAGUUCGUGAGUCUGCUGCAGGAAGAAGGAGCACUGCCACAAACUUAUCAGAAACCAAUCUAGACUGAGUGGAGCCACGCGGUGAAAUAGAGGCAUCCUUCAACGUUGCAGAGGAUCAGAAGACUGAUAAAGGAUGGCAGGAGGAAGCAAACGAGAUAUAGAUCCCAUCUCUCUACAUCCUUCUCAUCCCUGAAGCUCUGCGUGCUUCUCUGAGCUGCAGACACCAAGCAGGCGGUCUCCUCCUCUGCAGGAUUAUGUGAUAAUGUAAAAUAAGAGAUAUGCACAGUGCUUGUUGUAUCUCGGUGUCUGCUUGUGCUGCAAUCUCUUUGUGAUGCCUCUAGCACUCCAUUGGGAUUUUAUAUAUAUGUAUACAAAAAGAGUCGGGGCAAAGUACAUGUGCACAAACACUAAUUAUGAUAAUGUUUGUUUAUAUAGACUUUAUUUGUAGGAAGAGAGCAUUCCAUGACUUCUUUUCUUAUGUUGCACAUUUCCUUGCCUCUGAUCUUUUUAUUGUAUGAAUAAAAUAAUAUUGCUAACAAAAAAACGUUGUAGUAUCUGUAGUUAAUGUUGUUUUUAAAGGGAUGUUACAAAGGAACUUGUGCUGUGUGUUCCAUUAUUAUAAUGUAGGUUUUCAGUUGCUGUUUAGUUCAGAUACUGUUCAGUGCGUCCAAAAAGCUGUCUGUUUUCCACAGUAGCAUGUAAAAAAUUGCUGCUCCCAAGAAAAACAAAAAAGUUAACUAUUAAAUUUUCUCAUGGCUGUUGAAAUCAUAAGAAUGUCAUAACUAUCACUUAGUGUAAUUACCUCCUAAUUAUGAAAUAUUUGAGAUGAGAUGAACCCAUUCACACAUUUGAGGUUAACCUCCACGGCUUCUGGGUUGAGCAAUGAUUGUAGAGCCUAGCAAGAAAACACUCAGCCAUUUAUGGAGGAGCUACUGCUGCAUGUGUGCACGUUUCUUGAUGCAGUUCUCCAGGAUUUUAGUAAAAGGCAGCAAAAUGUUGUUUGAGAUAUUAGUAGAAAAUCAAAAUGAUGUCGCUGUAUCAUUUUAUUUUUUUUCUUCUCUUUUUUGUAUUUUCUGCAAGUGAGAUUAAAUUUGAGCUAAAACUUG